UAAAUAUAUAUUUCUCAGUGUGAGGCUCAUAUCACAUUCACGAAUUUUAAGUGUAGCUUGGCAAAUGAAACUAAUGGUGAAAUCAAAUUGUGCCGCAUCAAAGCCGUCAAUCGCACUCACAAAUAUCUUUCUUUGCAUAUAAGUCUUAAUACGAUUCUUGAUAACUUGAAUGGAAACUUGAAGCUAAUGCGCUUCGACAAUGGCUAUAAGCCAUUUUUCAUUGAUAUAACCUAUGAUCUCUGCAAGUUUCUGAAGGAUCCACAAAAUGUCAUCGUACUGACGUUUUACAAUACGUUUAAAGAGCGCUCCAAUUUGAAUCAUACCUGUCCUUAUGAUCACGACAUUAUUGUCGAUAAAGUGUGGACUGGAAAUCUUGAGCAGGGUUUUGCCAGAUUUUUACCAACACCAAAUGGCGACUUUGCAAUUUUCUUGACUUUUUACAAAAAUAAUAAAGUUUUUUCGCAAUUCAAUCUCUAUUUAAAAAAAACUUAAGGAAUAAAGAUUUCAUACAUUUAUAGAAAUCAAUAAGUUAAAGGUACUCAAAAGAAUUGUGUCGACCCAAUUUUGUUCUCUCAAACAAGAUAAAAAACGAAUAUGAUUAAAUGUAUUUUAUUUAAUUCAUGUAAUAUUUUGGUAUA